UGUGCUCAUCACACUCAGGAAUGAAGCCUCCCAAAUUCCUCAGAAGCCAAAGCUGGGAAAAAAUAUAACAUCCAGGUUUCAGCUGGAGAAAAUAUUCACAUGAGCUCAGAUUAAAAAUUAAUCACUCCCAGCCUGCAUCCUUCUCCUCCUUGCAGAUCCUCAGGAGUCUUCCCUUGAAGGUUGCUUCCCUCCUCCCUGUCACUUCCAAGGGAUUUUGCUGCAGGUGAAGGGUAAAGGAUCCCUCUGAGCCUCUUUAUUCCAGCUGGAAUUCCACCAGCCCAAAAUGCCAAGGAGAGGAAUCAGGAAAGCCAGUGAAUGUGAAAAAAACCAACAUUGUUUGGAGCAGCAGUGCUGGGUCAGAACGACACCAAAGGGUUUCUCAGCAGCAAAUGUAAUGCGGGGGACUGGAAUUUAAUUAACUCCUGCCUGCUCCUCCCCUCUUCCCGGAUGCCAUCCAGCAUGCCAGCAGCACACAGAGGCCUCUGCAAAAUCUCACUUCCAGCCCUGGGAUUUUCCAGCAGAGCCAAAGGAAUGGGGAUCCUUGUGCUUGUUUUCAUGUUCAUCUCCCUGACCCAGCACGGGCCCUUCACUCCUGCUCGGGGUGGAACCUCCGCCCCCGCCGAGCCAUGCGGGUUCUCCAGCUGCUCUUUGCUCUCGUUGUCAUUCUCCUCCUCCAGGGCGCUCCGGCCAGAGGCCUUUCAGACAGCCAGCAGUGCAGAAGCAACCGUGGCCACUGCCGGAGGCUCUGCUUCCACAUGGAGCGCUGGGAAGGGAGCUGCAGCAACGGCCGCCUGCGCUGCUGCCGGUGACAGCGGCCACGCCGGGGCGGUGACAGCCCCAGGAGAGCCAGCCCAGUGAGCCUGCAGCCAGAACCUGCCCUCAGACACCUCCGUGCCUCCGCUCAUAGCUGGGUUUGUCCGCUGCCAAUAAACACCUCUUGGUUUUCUA